AUGGUCACGACUACACCAGCGGUUCCCAUCGACCCGACUGCCGCGAUCGAUCGAUUCGCGUCUCAACUGGAGAGACUUUCGGCGACUGUGGGUCGCUUGGAGUCCAGAAUGGACAUGAACGACCGGCGGAGUGGAGAUAUUCCGACAAUGACCCGCCCUAUUCCAGCGCCUCCGUUCUCCACCCAACCGUUGAGUUCGCUGUCAUCCAUCCUAACAACACCACUACAAUCGACCCCUAUUUGGACUCCUCCGGCAUCUUGGUCGACCAUUCCGCAUACCAUAGGUGGCAACCACACGAUUCCUGGGUCAUUGGUUCAAUCGGGAGCCCACUACUUAUCCCUGCCCCAAACCCUAGGGGGAAUGUCUGCCCAACCAGUGCUGUCAACGUUUACUACUUCAUAUGGCUUACCACCGUUUAGCCUAAGUUCGGGAUCCGGUCUGCCGGUGUCUGCUGUGCAGCCCCAACCACAGCUCUCUCAACCGUGGCAGCCCGAUUACUCAGGUUUUGGUAUUUCUAGCCACGCAAGCAUCCAACGCCCUCAUCUUAUAAGCCAGUCCUCUUGCUGGAGCGCCCCAUCGAGCCGGCAACAAUCAGCUUUUGGUACACAGAUCGGUGACCAGAAGCCUAACAAACUCAAGAUGGAGGCCCCUCGUUUCGACGGGACGGAGGUAAACAAUUGGAUUCGGAGUGUACAAUACUAUUUUGAUCAUGUGGGGACUCCGGAAGAUCAGCGGUUGCAUUAUGUUAUCAUGCUCUUUGAGCCUAACGUGGCAAAUUGGGUUUGGAGCUAUGCGGCCAGCCAUGAAAGUGCAACGUGGUUUGGAUUUUUGGAUGACGUGCGACGUCGCUUUGACCCAAAUUGCUACACGAGCCACGUCGGGUUCCUUAAAAAACUGACACAAACAGGUACGGUCUCUGAUUACCAAUUAGCUUUCGAGAAAUUGCAAAACAGUGCUAUUGGGGUUCCUGACCAUGUUCUUUUGGAUUUAUAUGUGGCGGGGCUGAGGCAACCUAUUCAGGAUGAGGUCCUACUCCACCGACCACAAUCCCUAGCAGCGGCUUUUGCCUUGGCGGUUCGAAUUGCUUCUUGCCGCCCGGAAUACAACCACCCAUCGGGAGGGCAGCAAAGACGUCAGUGGCAGCAGCGGGACCAGCGGGCAGGUCAGACGCCGCUGCACUCAGAAGCUGGAAAUUCUCAGCCACAAGCUGCGGGCAAUCGGCAACCUGGUGGUGCACUGGGACGACAGUCAGACUUAUCCAAGCUUCCUAUCAUCCGCCUAUCGGCGGCACAGAAGGCUGACAAGGCUCGGCAAGGGCUAUGCUACUACUGCCCUGAGAAGUGGGUUUCAGAUCACGUCUACAAACACCGGCUCUUGGCCUAUAUGGGCGCGGACGAUGAUGAGGAGGAUGUAUUUUAUGAUCCUUUGAGUGACAAGUUGAAUGAGGAAGUGGUGACAACAGAUCUCUCUCAUUUGCACGCAAUGGACGGGAAACGGACUUCGAAAUCUUUGUUAUUGUCCGGGUCUAUUGAGUCGGUAGGGGUUACGGUCCUGGUGGAUACUGGAAGCUCACACGAUUUCUUACACCCUCGGAUAGCUGAGCGCUUGCACCUCCCCCUCACGGCAAUCAAACCGUUCCGAGUAUAUGUUGGCAAUGGAGCAUCCAUUUUGUGCUCGCACAUGUGUAAGGGGACUAAAUUGGUGAUCCAAGGCUCGUUGUUUGUCAUUGAUCUCCAUGUUUUGCCCAUUCACGGUCCGGACGUCGUCUUGGGUAUGGAUUGGUUGGAAUCUUUGGGGCGUGUAACGACGGACUUUGUUGCGAAGUCCAUGGAGUUCAUUAGAGGGGAUGAAUUGGUUGUUCUACAGGGGAUUGAUCAGCCUCCUCGUCGCAUCUCUUUGUCUUCCUUGGCCUGCCUCAUGUCAUCGGCGACGUUAUUUGAAUUAUAUGAGUUGGUUGCGCUGGACCCCCACACCCAAUCUGAUCUGCCGCCGGAUGUCGAGGAAUUUCCGACGUCAUUACCACCAUCGAUCAGCUCGGUUCUUCGCGCCUUCGCCAAUGUAUUUCUGGUGCCACAGGGUCUUCCACCCGCUAGACAGUUUGAUCAUCGAAUCCAUUUGCUACCAAACUCCAAACCCGUAAAUGUCCGGCCGUACAGGUACCCAUACUUUCAGAAGAAUGAGAUCGAGAAGCAAGUUAAGGAGAUGCUCGAUCAGGGGGUCAUACAGCGAAGCCAUAGUCCUUUUUCGUCACCAGUGUUGCUAGUUCGAAAGAAAGACGGCACCUUCCGCUUCUGCAUCGAUUACAGAGCCCUGAACAAGGCAACGGUCCCUGACCAUUUUCCAAUCCCGACUGCAGAUGAAUUAUUCGAUGAAUUGGGUGCAGCUCGGUACUUCACUAAGUUGGAUCUUCGUUCGGGAUACCACCAGAUAAGGAUGCAUGAGGCGGAUGCUUAUAAAACAGCUUUUCGCACGCAUGACGGACAUUUCGAAUUUUUGGUGAUGCCAUUCGGUUUGACUAAUGCCCCUUCAACAUUUCAGGCAGCCAUGAAUUGUAUCUUCCAGCCCUUCCUGCGAAAGUCAGUCAUCGUCUUCUUCGAUGAUAUUUUGGUCUACAGUCCUUCAUUGGAUUCUCAUGCUGAUCACCUUCGCAUCGUGCUAUCCAUCUUGGAGGAGCAUCAGUUUUUUGUCAAGCUCUCGAAAUGCUCAUUCUGCAGUCAGACGGUGGACUACCUCGGUCACUUGAUCACUGAGGGGCAGCUGAAGGCGGAUCCGUCUAAAAUUGAGGCGAUGGUGGCUUGGCCAACACCCGCAACGGUGAAACAGCUUAGAGGAUUUUUGGGUCUCACGGGAUAUUACCGUCGGUUCAUUGCUCACUAUGCAGUGAUAGCGGCCCCCCUGACGGACCUGUUAAAAAAGGAUGCUUUUUGCUGGACGCAGGCUGCAGCUGACAGCUUUGAGGCCUUGAAACGGGCAAUGACGGCAGCCCCUGUUCUUCGCCUACCAGAUUUUUCACGAACAUUCUAUUUAGAAACGGAUGCUUCAGAUUUUGGUGUUGGAGCGGUAUUGAUGCAGGAUGGUCAUCCAUUGGCUUUUUUUAGCAAAAAAUUGGGGCCCCGGCGUCGAAGCGCGUCCGCUUACCAUAAAGAGUUGUACGCUAUCGUAGAGGCCGUCCAAAAGUGGAGACAGUAUCUGUUGGGUAGAGAAUUUGUCAUCCGCAGCGAUCAGAAGAGUCUUCGGGAAUUGCUCCAGCAGGUGAUACAGACUCCCGAGCAACACUUGUACGUCCGCAAGUUGAUGGGCUAUAAAUUCAGUAUUGAGUACAAGUCCGGAGCGGCUAACCGGGUGGCGGAUGCCUUGUCUAGACGGGACGAGGAGAUAGAACCUGAUGCAUCCAUGCUUAGUGCGAUAGCACACCCCAUUCCCGACAUAAUACGGCUGCUGGUGGAGGAAACGGCAUCUUCAGCUCCACUGUGUGACUUGCGCCGUCAGAUUGAGCGUGGUUCUGCUGAUCCUAAGUUCACCUUUUGCGACGGACUGAUUUAUCGCGACCGCAGAAUCUACGUCGGAGAAUUUUCGCCACUCCGGGAGGCUUUAUUGUACGAGUAUCACAGUACUCCGCAGGCCGGUCAUCCCGGGUUUGACCGUACAUUGCGUCGUAUAUCGAUGCAGUUUUAUUGGCCACAUAUGCGGCGUGAUGUGAAGCGUUUUGUAGCCGCUUGUGUGGAGUGUCAAACCACAAAGUACUCCACGCAGAAACCAGGGGGUUUAUUGCAGCCCCUUCCUAUCCCAACUCAAGUCUGGGAUGACGUUUCCAUGGAUUUUGUGGUAGGUCUGCCACUAUCCAAAGGGUACACCACUAUCAUGGUCGCGGUGGACCGUUUAUCCAAGUAUGCGCACUUCGCGCCAUUGCCUGCACGUUUUGAUGCGAUGCGAGUCGCUCGUCUUUUCAUAGAAACAGUGGUUAAGCAUCACGGGUUCCCUAAAACCUUGGUGUCAGACCGUGAUCCUGUGUUCUUGAGUGAGGCAUGGGAGAACAUGCUCACCCUCAGCGGCACUAAAUUGCACUUCUCGACAGCGUAUCAUCCUCAAUCUGAUGGGCAGACAGAGGUCCGCAAUCGAGGACUGGAGCAGUACUUGAGGACUUUCGCGGCAGACCGUCCCACUAAAUGGGCGAAUUUUCUACCUUGGGCCGAGUUGGCGCUUAACUGCUUCCAUCACGAGGGGCUGGGCACUUCUCCUUUUCGUGCUCUUUAUGGCCGUGAGCCGCCACCCUUGGUCGCUGCGCAACCGUCGGUCAAACGCCACGACCCGCCCACUAUGGAAUUAAUUCGUCAGAGGGGCGAACUCUUAGUGGAGUUGCGAAAGAAUUUGGAACGGGCACAACAGCGUAUGCGUUCCUCGGCAAAUAAACACCGCCGUGAUGUCAACUUUUCAGUGGGUGAUAAGGUUUUGCUUAAACUCCAGCAGUAUCGGCAGCACUCAGUAGCCAGGCCGCUGUCAGCCAAGCUUGCACGGCGAUUUUAUGGUCCAUUUGAGGUGAUUGAACGGAUUGGUCCGGUGGCGUACCGUCUGAAACUUCCGGUUGGUGCGCGCAUACACGAUGUGUUCCAUGUUAGCUUGCUAAAACCGUUUGUUGAGGGUUCAUCGACUUCAUCAGAGGGCGAGUUACCCGCUGAUAUUUUGGGGACGAGGCCGAUUCUGAGGCCUAUUCAGAUUCUGGAUCGAAGAGUUGCUCUACAGGGUGAUCAGGCUGUCGAUCAAGUUUUGGUGGAAUGGGCGGGUUCCUCGCAGAAUCAGCCGACAUGGGAGCCGGUGUCGACUGUGCGACGGCGUUUUCCACACAUCCUUGAGGACAAGGAGCCUCUUAACCGGGGGAGAGUUGAUACGAGUAGUGCCCCGAUAACAGAGACAGACACUUCUGUGAGGCAGGAUAACAGUGACAACGUCUUGGCGAGGUCAGAAGAGAAUGUUGCGGGAAUGCGAAGGAAGAAGGGAAAAAAGGGUCAGGCCCAAGUGGAACCGAGGGAAGAUGGAAGACCGAAGCGGCAACAGAAGAAGCCGGUGAUGUUUGGAGACUUUGUGUCUCGUUAG